GGCAGUCGCGGUCCAUGUGGUCGCCGGGAGGGUGGAGGUCGGCGGGUCGUCUCUCGAGCGUGGCGUGGCCGGUGUUUGAGAGUGACAGGGAGAGGGUAUAUCGGUGUGAAACGAGUGUGGAUAUUUGAACCUGUGCCGAACGUGGAAAGAAGCACAUUACACGUCAACGUGGCUUUGUUGUGAACUGACAGCUCGGCAAAACCACCAGCGGAGCCGGGCGCAUGACUGUGAUUGACAGAAGACACUGUUUGAACGAUCUUCGCCUUAGCCGUUUGUAGAUUGGAUGCUCGGACUCACGGUGCGCCCUACGGUCUCUGGGGUGAAUGAGUGUCACCUGACAGCGGCGUUAGCCUGACCCAUGUCAGAUGACAGAAAUAAUGACUGGCAGAAUGAUGACAGCAUCACGUCAUCGGUGACGGACAUCUCCACCCUGUGCACUCUGACAUUUCCCCGAGAGGGCAGCCGAGGCUGAAGCGCAGGCGGUGUUCAGUUACACGUGGUACCCGGUGCCCCCACGGUCCUGCGAAAGCCUCAGCUGUAGCCGAUGACGACCAAGGAGAUCGUGUUGGAGGGCGGGCCGCCGUGGGGCUUCCGGAUGCACGGGGACGGCGCCGCCGGAACGCCCUUUCGGAUAUCUCGGGUGAACCCUGGCAGCCUGUCGGCCGAGUGCGGACUCCGAGAGGGCGAGCUGGUACUCCGUAUCGGCGGAGUCCCUGCCGCUACCCUCAGCACAGCCCAGGCACAUCAGCUGAUGAGGGAGGCCGGGGGACGGAUGGAGCUCACCGUGGCUGCGCGUGAGAUGCCGUCGCCGCGGAUGAGCCGAAAACAGAGUGCUCCUGCUGCCGUGCCUGCUCCACCCCCGGCUCCUCCCCCGGCCCCGGUACGUCCUCCACCCCCGGCUUCGGCCGCGGUACGACACGGCAGCCCCAGCGCCAUCCGGAAGGACACG